AUGUACCGCUCAACCACCAGCCUGAAAGCUCAGAAUCUUGCAAUUAAGGGCGCCGAAGUAGUUUCAGCGGAUCUCAAUGAUCCUCUAUCUUUGAAAGCAGCACUCGAAGAUGCGCAUACCGUCUUUGCCAUGACAAGCACUACACUCACAGGCGAUACCCGUGAGAUCGAAACUGCGCAAGCCAAAGCUCUCUGCGCCGCAGCAAUCGCCGCUGGAGCACAGUAUAUUAUCUGGCAGACACUCCCACCUGUGACAGCUAUUUCGAGUAGAAAGUUAUGUGUUAAUCAUUUCGACACCAAAGCCGACAUUGAACAGUACAUCCGCAGUUUGCCGAUCAAGUCUGCUUUCUAUUGCCCGGCGUACUUUAUGCAAAAUUUCACUAACCAGCUCAUGCCACCGAGACCAUCACCCGAGAAUGACGGGACAUAUGUCUUUGCGACACUAUGCAAGCCUGAUACGCGGAUGCCACUUAUUGACGCGACGGAGAUGGGAAACUGGAUUGCCCUAUUCUUGAAUCCCCGGAUCAAUACGAGGGGAAGGUUUUAG